AUGGAAGAGAAUAAUAAUUUUGAUUUGACUGGUAAAAUAUGUUCCUACUUAGAUCCUCACAUGGUUCAAAUAAUUUUAACAUGGUUAAAGGAGAAUAAGGUGGGUGAUUUGAAUGAGUUAGAAAAGAAUUUGGAUUUAAUAAACGAAGGGUGCGAUAAAGAGAUUUGCAUUAUUGAGAAUGAAUAUACAAAUGGGAAUCGAGGUGUAAUAGAUAAUUAUUUAGAAAGUUUAGAAUUAGAGAUUGAUGAAUUUCAAGAAGGUAUGAAUGAAUAUAAAAUAGAUCAGAUGAAUAAAAUAGGAAGUAAUUUAGAAAAGAAAAGUAUUGUAGGUUUAAGAGAAUGGUGUAAUAUAUAUUUAAUAGAUAAGAAUAAGAAAUAUAAAUUUAGUGAUAAUAUAGAUGAUAAGAUAUUAAAAUUGAGUAGAUAUUAUUAUCAAAAGAAAGAUUAUAUAAAAAGUAAACAAUAUUUAUUAUUAUAUAUAUUAAAUAUCUCUGAAAUUAUUAUAAAUAUAUCUGAAUCAUCAAAAAUGAAAACAUGUUAUUGGGGUAUUAUUAGUAAUAUAAUAAAUAGUUUUUUUAUGAAUAUAAAUAAUGAUGAAUAUUUAUUCUCUAAAAAUGAAGAUGGGAAAAUAAUUGUUAAAGAAGAUAUUAUAAAUGAAAUUAAUGUAUGUAUUGAAAGUAUUAUUAAACUAAGUCAAUUAUUAAAUAAAGAGAAAGUAUCAAAAAAUGAAAUAAUAUUACAAAGAAGUUGGUUAAUACAUUGGUCAUUAAUAAUAAUAUUUCAUUUCUUUAUGUAUGUAAUAUAUGUAAAAAAUACUUAUCCUAAAAAUAAUUCUUUUUCCAUGUUACAAGAUUGGUUUAUAGAUGAAAAAAAUUUAUCUAUAUUAAAUUUAAUAUGUCCACAUAUAAUUAGAUAUUAUUGUGUAUAUGCUAUAUUCUAUAGAAAUAGAAAAGAUCAUUUUGAAUUAAUAUUAAAUACAUUAAAUUUUAUUAAAUCAAAAUAUAAUGAUUCAUUUACAUCAUUAUUAAUAUCCAUAUUUACAGAUUAUGAUUUUAAUAUGGCUCAAACAUGUAUAGCAACUAUUGGAAACUUAUGCGAACGUGAUGUUUUCUUAUAUAAAUUAAAACCUUAUAUUGAAGAACAAUGUAGAUUUAUUAUAUUUGAAACUUACUGUAGAAUUCAUAAAUCUAUUAAUAUUGAUAUGAUAUCUAGUAAAGUGAAUUUAACAAGAGAACAAGCAGAAAAAUGGAUUGUCAAUCUAAUAAGAAAUGCAAAACUAGAUGCGAAAAUUAAUAGUGAAAAAAACUGUAUCGAAAUAUCUACACCACCACCUAAUCUAUAUCAACAAGUAAUUGAUAAAACACAAAAUCUUAUUAUGAGAUCAAAUUUUAUUGUUCAAGUUCUAAACAGAUCUUCAAAUGAUGAUCAACAGCAAAUUCAAAAAAAUGUCAGAUUCAAAAAUAAAAAUGAUAAAAAUUUAAAGAAUCAUAAAAGAAAUAAAAACGUUAAUCAUAUAUACCAAAUGAAUAACAAAGUUGUCUCACCAGACACAUAA